AUUGUCUUUUGCUCUAUAAAAAUAAGGCUAGAAUUGAUCAAGAAUUAAAACCACCAUAUCCAAAUUUGUGAGAUGACAGAAAUGAAAUUGCUUGGUAAUUCCUUGAGCCCAUUUACUCACAGAGUUGAGUGGGCUCUGAAGAUUAAAGGCGUCGAAUAUGAACUUAUAGUAGAAGAUCCACAAAACAAGAGCCAUCUACUUCUUCAAUCAAACCCUGUUUACAAGAAAAUUCCAGUGCUCAUUCACAAUGGCAAACCCAUUUCUGAGUCUAUGAUCAUUCUUGAAUACAUUGACGAGACAUUCGAAGGUCCUUCUAUCUUGUCUAAAGACCCUUAUGAACGAGCUUUAGCUCGUUUCUGGGCUAAGUUCCUUGACGAGAAGUGCUUGCCAGCAAUGGGAAAAGUUUAUUUUGGGACAGAAGAGGAGUCAGACAAAGCUAAGGAUGAAUGUGAUGAGCUGCUAAAAAUUCUUGAUAAUGAGCUUAAGGAUAAGAAGUUUUUUGUUGGAGACAAAAUUGGAUUUGCUGAUAUUGCUGCUAAUUUGAUGGCAUUUUGGAUGGGAAUUAUUGAGGAAGCCUCUGGUAUAAUUUUGGUGACCAGUGAAAAGUUUCCCAAUUAUUGUGUUUGGAGAGAAGAGUACCUUAACUGCAGCCAAGUAAAAGAUAAUCUACCUUCAAAAGAUGCGUUAUUUGCCCAUUUCCAAGCUCGCUUUCAACCUGUAGCUGCUCCCAAGUGAACACAUCUCUUGUGAAAUUUAAACAUUGAAUGUGGCAACAAAACUACCCAUUAAAGAAAACUGUUUUUCAAGAAAACUGGUUUAUCAUUUAAGAAAUAUUCAUCUAAAUUGUUUAACCAAAAAAUAGUUUUACUAUUAAAAUUAAAUUUAUAUUUAA